AAGAGCAGAGUGAAGCCUCAGCUGCUGCAUGCUCUGUUCCUGAAUCUCCCAGAGACUCGGAGGCUCGGGGUUCAUCAAGCAUGGACACGCAUUCUGACUGCCUGAUUUGCUGUCCCCAUCUGACUUCAUCUAGAAUGCUCUUCACCACCUGCCCCAUCUGUGGUGGCUUAAAGAGAGCACCCUUACCUCAGGCAGGAGCUUCACUACAGCCUGGCGUGCCAGAUAAGAAGCAGAGAAGUCAUGCAGAGAGAGGGAGAAUGGAUCCCACCUAUGAGAUCAUGGAGGGCCAAGCCACAGACAGGAGCUCAGAGUCAGAUGAGAAGAGCAGAUAUGACUUGAUGGGCAGCUCUGGGCAGCAGAGGAGCACUGACGAUCCUGAAGAUGGCUCAGGGGUGAGUGAACGACCGAGAGGAGGAGUGACAUAUGUAAAUAUUCCCAUCAGCCCAAUGUCCAAAAAGCAGUUGCACUAUAUGGAGCUGGAGCUGCAGGAGCACGGUACCACUGUCAGAGGAAAAGGCACCACGAAAUACGCACAAAUUGACAUCACUGCAACAGAGACUGCACACAGAGUGGGUACCCAGCAUGCACUGGGGCGGGAGGCAGGACUUCAGAAAAUGGAACAGUGGAAAAGAGGAGGGGCACCGCAAUGAUGACAUCAUUUAUCACCUUAAUAAUGAUGAUGCCAUUGCUCUUUACCAUGACAACAGUGAUGUGAAGAAAAAGAGAAAAGUGUGUUGGAAAAGUGUCUCUCAGAAGAGAAACAGUGAGGAAUGUUAAGUUCUAAAAGUGCCAAGAUCUUUCCUCGCGCUUCUGAUUUGGACCGCAGGUCCGUGUUAAAGGCUUCAACUCCACUUACUCCCAGAGUCACAGGCCAAGCGAAAUCAAACUGAACAGGUGGCAUACGUGCCAGAAAAUCUAAUUGAACUGAGGCAGCCGAAGGCCCAGUUUUAUUAGCUGGUGUUGUGUAGCUAUGAGACUGUGAUCAUGUGGGUUUUGUUGUGUGGGUGUGUGUGUGGGUGAGUGUGAGUGUGAUAACUCGAGCAUUAGAGCUGUGAGGACAGACCGUGUGAACAUGGCUGAUUAUAGAUGAGUCACCACACGCUCAGCUGCCUGCAGCAACAUGUCUCUUGUUAAUUUGCUUUAAUAUUUGCCCUUAAUCAAUUACAUACUCUAUUGUCCUUUAAUCAAGUAGUGGAUAUCUCUGACCACGUAUAAGAGCUGCAAACACGGAACAGCAAAACAUUACAUACUGAGCAAAAAACAGACGGAUCCAUAUGAGGCUCACUGUGUGGACAGAGUAGCAAAAUUCUUGCAUUCUUUUUGCUAUUUUCCUGGUCAUGAAAAUAGCAGCAAUAUUUAUAAUCACAUCUGCAAGUGCCACAAUCGUAUUCCUUAUUUUUGUGUUUGUGGCUAUGGAAAUUGCCAUGUAUCUUCUUUUGAAUGAAUGAAGGGAAAUUGUGCAUAUACAACGUUGGGCAUUAUUAAAUAUUCAGACGAAUUUAAUCAGCUUUUGAAUAUUCUAUAUUUCUUCUCUCAUUUUAUUGGCUUUAUACUAUUGUUUUAUAGUACAAUUAAAACUGAAAAUAUA